UUGAUGACGUUUAGAUACUUCCUGUUUAACCACGUGUAGUUCCCAACGUUACUUUUUAUUUGUUUUGAUGCAACUACACGUUAUUAGAGAGAUGUUUAGUUAACAACCGGUAUUCUGCAUCUACCGCGGACCUUUAACAACUAACACAUUUCGAGCAUUUGUUCGUCGGAGGCAUCAAGCAGGUCUUUCUUUUUAUUUCUUGCUAAUGAAGACCUCCCCUACUUUGCUCGUUAUCUUUUGCUAGGCUACACAAUGACUGGAGAGCACGAUUCUCUACGUUGGACUCGAUCUGAUGCCAUUGCUGAAGCUGUAUCAGCGAAGUCAUGCCACGUUAUCCUGGAAACAUUAUCUCCAGAGUGUGUGGAGAAGAUAUCGCGGUAUCUUGAGUCUUCUGCGGGACACAGCGGACAGGAUAAAGUAUCUAAUGAACCUGCUGCAGCAGAAAGUGAUUCAGGAGACAGCCUGUUCAUAACUCAGAAGCCAGUACCGGAAGCUGUGAGAUCAGCAAGACCGCGGCACUACAGCUCGAGGUCAGACCCCAUAUCUCCCAGAGCUGUAGAAGAAAGUGAAGAGGACAGUCCAUCAUACUUUUUCCAUGGAGAAUCCAAAACCGACAGAAGGAGGAGAAAGAAGAAACCCAGACUUCCAAAAUACAGUUUCCCAUUCCUCGCAGAGAGAGAGAGGAAGCCAAGAAGCACUCUUUUAGGUGGCCAGCAAAACAAACGCCUUCAUAAUUAUGCAAUGGGAGGCUUCUUUAAAUGUGUCAAGGAGCUGUGGCAGGACUAUGGAAGAGGAAAUCUGGAGUCGUCUUUGCCAACAGUCGACAUGGAUGAGGAUUACAUAUCUCCAUUGUCAGAACAAGAAGAAAGGUCAGAAGAUGAGGACAUUAAAGUGGUGGAAAGGAAACAUUUGGUGGCACCAUCAAAAGCAAAGAGCCGACAGACCUGGUGGAACCAGUUAAAGCAACAGAGGGCGACGAAAGCUUGUAAUGCCAGACAAGAAUACUCACAAGGAAGACAUAAAUUGCAAGAUAAGGUAUCCAUAUUGAAGACUACAGUGUUGUAUUCGGAAACAGAAAACUCUGAUGAUGGAGAGUCUUCUUGUAGAGUUGUGGUGGAGAGGGAGAGAAAUGAUGAACACAUGGCAAGUAAUGGAAACUUUCUUGCCCAAACACCAAAGACAAACAGACAGUUUCAGCAAAAUACAAGGGAGGAAGAGCUGCAUAACAAUAGAGAUGCUACGGUUCGUGAGCCACGUACGCUACAGAAAAGUCCGAGGCUAUACACACGGAAAGGCAGAGGAGCAUCCGCAACUGUAACAACUGUUUUCCACCUAGAUGAUCUGUUCCAGACAGGACAGGCAGAGGAGGAGCAUGAAAGCCAACAUCUCCACAACAGUGUCUCAGGCCUUAUAAGUGACACUAAUAAUCAAAGUGAAACCAGGGUAAGGAAGAGGAAAAAUAAGAAAAAGGACAAAGGAGAUUGUGAAAGUGUAGGAGAACAAAAGGGUCAGGGUCAGAGUCAGGAAGAGCUCGAGGGUCUGCAUGCCACAACAUCUGUGAGUGUGGAGGUAGAUGAGACUCCCAGCCUGUCGGAGGAUAAUAGGGAAAAGCCUCCGGCAUCCCAGGCUAAUGAUGAGCUGGAAUUUAAUGAAAAUAAUUGGAUGGAGAACUCAUCACGUGAUGAUAACAUACUGAGACAGAGGGAGGGAGACAUUCCCGAUUCCAAAAUAAAGAAAAAGAAGAGAAAAAAGAGUAAGUCAACAGAAAAUGUUCGACAGGAAGUGGACGGAACCUUCGAGUCAGAUGUGAGAAAGGUGAAUUCUGUGUUUUCGGUGAGUUGUAACGUUGAGCAUGGUGGCAAGCAGAAGAAGAAAAAGAAGAAAAGAAGUGGUGAGGAUGAUGAGGCUGUUGAGCAGUCACAGGCCAGCACAGUUGCCCAACCUUUAAUUGAUGAUGCUAAUGUAAUGAGGAAAAAGAAAAAAAGGAAAAAAGACGAGAGGAUUGUAAUUACAGAGGAAUGUGGAGGAGAGAAAGAAUCGAAUAGGAUUGUAGAUUUGCCACCAGUGUCAACAGGACAGUUAGAGGAUUCAGGAAAUUGUUUGGAAAACACUGCAGCUUCUCAAGAAACAUUUGAAUCUAGGUAUGUCAAAAGAAAAAAACACAAAAAGAGGGAAAUGUUGUCCUCUAAUGAGGCUACUCAAGAUGGAGAAGACGGUGUGAGCUUUUCUAAUGUUGCUGUAACCUUGGCUAAAAGUACAGCUAAGUCACUGAAAAAGAAGAAAAGGAAAACUAUAUCUGAGGGGUUGGAUUUCUCACACACUCCUGAAAUUAAUGAAAAUGUACAUCAGACCCCCCCAAAAAAGGAGGGAAUUGAAGAACAAAUUGCUCAACUGGGGACUAAGAAAAAGAAGAAGAAGAAAACUCUCUCUGAGGCGGUAGAUGUCUCUUGCACUCCCAAAGAACAUGAUGAAGUUGAAAAUGUAGAUAAUACCCAGAAGACAAAGGAGGGCCUUGAAGACCAAAAUGCUGAAUUUGUGACGAAGAAGAAGAAGAAGAAGAAGAAGAAAACUCUCUCUGAGGCGGUAGAUGACUCUUGCAUUCUAGAGGAAAAUGAAGAAGUUGAAAACGUAGAUAAUACCCAGAAAACAAAGGAAGGAACUGAAGAACAAAAUGCUGAAUUGGUGACUAAAAAAAAGAAGAAAAAGAAAAUGGGUGAAGUAUCUAGCUGGAAUAUCUCCAAAGACAGUGUGGCACAAAGUGAUGAUUCAGUGUCUGUGCGGAAAAAGGAAAAGAAGAGGACCUCAUCCUUCCUCGUUGCUGAUGCAGAGGAAAAUGAUGCUUGUACACAAGAUGAACAAAACUCUCCUGGUGAAUAUGAGCCUGAAUCUGCACAAACGACUGGAAAUAUGGAGGAAACUAAUGAUGGGGUCAGAAAAAAGAAGAGGAAGAGGAAGAUGUCAGUAGCGCAGGACAGUGUGGAAAAAGAUCAGGAUUUUGUGGAUCCAAACAGAACAUGUCAGAGCGCUUUGCCAGAAACCACUGACAUGAGGGUGAAGAGGAAAAAGAAACCUAUGGAGAAUGAAAGUGAGAUGGUGACCCCCUUGGAAAGACUGGAAAGUGCAGCUGAGGCGGGGCAUUCUCUAACUGAUGAGACUGUGCUGUUAAAGAAGAAGAAGAAGAAGAAGAAGAAAAAGUGUAAGGAUGAGCCAUGCCAUGUGGUACAAGAGAGCCCACCAAAGAAAAAAGGCAAACAAUUGGCCCUUCCUUUGGUUGCAAAGGGUUGCAGUGUUGAAGUAUCUCAUGAUGGCAGUACUUGUGACCAAGUGACCAAGGAAGCACUGAACACGGUUGAACACGCUUCAUCUUCAGAGACACCCGGCAAUCAGACAUUAAAUGAGACCAUGGACAAGAAGAAGAAGAAGAAAAAAAUUAAAUUGACUGAUGAUGUUCUGCUUGAGGGGAAUUCGUUGACCAAGUCUGGUGUGUUAGAGCCCCUAAAAAACAAAAAGAAGCAGUCAGUGGUCCCCAAUAUCAUAUCCAGCAGCCCCAUGUUAUCAGAGACUUCUGUGUUAAAAUCUGAAAUAUCAUCUUCAGACAGAAUCAUGAAAAACAAGCACGUAAAGGUCAAGCGGAGACUUCAUAAUCCAAGUGAGGACUUCCUUACAGACUGUUAGUAUGAACUCGCUGAUUUAACGAGUAGGAGAGUGAUGGGGUUCGAUCAGUAGAGGAGUUCUGAACGCACACCUAUCUCUUUAGACAGACAGUGUUAAGGUUAUGAUUAAGUGAAAAUGUGGCAAUUGUGAGCUUUCACAAUUAUUUUAUAUUUUAAUAUAUAUUUUGUUUUGUAUCAAAGCAUUUUUACCUACAUGACUCAGCCUUUUUGGUGUUGACAUGAACUCUGGAGAAAUAACAAAUCAUGCUGAUUACUACUAUUUCUUUUUUUUUUUUUUUUUACUAAGGUCUUCUUGGAAGGAUUCAAUAUUUGUUAUUCAUUUGUGUGUGAACACUUUUUGUCACUCUUUUGAAUGUGAAACAAAAUGGACAUUUGGGAGAAAAGUCAUUCACUGUUGGACAGUAGUGGGAAAUUAAAUCUUUCCUUGUCUUUUA